AUGUCGCCUCCGCCAGAGCCAUGCAUCCUGCUGUACGCUGAAUUGCUAGCGAAUAUUCGACCGUUGCGUCUUUUUGUUACAGCUACAAACACCACACAGAACGACCAUCCGGGGACGGGACCAUUGCUCUCUCUCUCUACCUCUCUCUCUGCCGUUACGGUAUCACAUAUCGGCAAGACUCUUACUCUUGAACUCCCUCGCUCUGUAUCGGCACGGUCUCGUGAAUUUCUGGCGGCGGGUCGGCCCGUUUCGUGCAGCGGAGAGAAUGAAUACUCCUUUCGCCUCCCCAUAGACGAAGCCAAUCCCUUCUUAAGUGCCACUUCAAGUAAUGACUGUGGUCCAGAGGCCCCCUGGCCAGCGAAGAGUAUGACCACACGGACAUGCAUAUGCUGCCGUGAGUGCUCCGGUAUACUUUUCGCCCCAAGUGAUGGCCAGGCUGUCGUGUGGAAAGACUUGCCCGGUGCAGACUGGGCUGAAUUAAUGGAUCUAUGGCAUUGCCAUAAACCGAACCCAAUACCUAACAACAAUACAUCUGAGGAUCAUCCUGACUUGAGUGGGCAUACUAAGGGGUACGGUGCCGCCAACAGAGUUAUUUGUGAACCUGGGACUAUCUUUGUCAAUGUUACUUCAUUCAUCAUGGCCGCAAACGACAGUCAAGGUGUGAAGAGAGUGUUUUCCAUUCAUCAAGGUGCUACUGCAAUAGAUGAUCCAAAAAAUUUCAUAUAUAACCCCUACUCUGGGGGGACGAAGGGAUUUUAA